AAUUAUUAGACUACUGACAGGCAGAAUUAUAGAUAUCAAGAGCCUGAAGACUGAAAACAUGCAAUCAACAAAGCAAGGAGGCGUGAUAGCCUACGUUUGCUCCUCAAGCUCCGCCUCCAGCCUUGAGUCCUGCAUGAGUGACAGCUCAAACAGCCAAUCCCCAUCAUCCUCCCCUCCUCUGCCCAGUAAACCGAGCCGUAUCCCAGACCUGCCCAGCGCUGGCCUGCUGUCGAAACGCCUUCACCCACGCGACAAGAGCCUCGCCGCCAAGAGCAGCAUCACCAAGCUCAAUGGAAUGGUGUUACUGUGUAAAGUGUGUGGAGACGUGGCCUCAGGCUUCCACUACGGCGUUCAUGCCUGCGAAGGCUGCAAGGGUUUCUUCAGAAGAAGCAUCCAGCAGAACAUUCAGUACAAGAAAUGCCUGAAGACGGAGAGCUGCACUAUUGUGCGGAUAAACCGCAACCGCUGCCAGCAGUGCCGCUUCAAGAAGUGUUUAUCUGUCGGGAUGUCGCGAGACGCUGUGCGAUUCGGACGCAUCCCGAAGCGGGAGAAGCAGCGGAUGCUCCUGGAGAUGCAGACGGCCAUGAAUAACAUGAUGAACAACAGUCAGCUUCAGCACAUGCUUCACGUCCCGUGUCCCAUCGAGACCAGCAGCUCCUCUUCCCUGUCUCCGCCGGCCUCUCCUCGGUCCUCGUCGGAUCUGUCCCGGGACUCGGAGUCGAGCGCUCCCAUGGACACGGCCUCGUCAUGUUCCUCGGACAGCGGAGAGGAGGAUUCGGUGAGCAACGGACUCGUUCCCCGUAAGGAUCUGUUCAUGUUCAGCUCAUCCGGCUCCGAAACGCCUGGAUCGUACAGGGAACAUGUGACGGCGUAUCAUGUGACCCAGCCGUGCGUUCAGAGCCCUUGCAUUCGUCAGCCGGAAAACUUGCCUUUCCACGGGAACAACAUGAACAAACUCCAGACGGGGGGAAACAGACGACAUCUGGUGUGUCCCAUGAGCGUCUCCCCCUUCGUCGACCCCUGCAAGCCUGGUCAUGAGAUCUGGGAAGAUUUCUCCAAGAGUUUCAUUCCUGCUGUACGAGAAGUCGUGGAAUUUGCCAAGCGGAUCCCUGGCUUCCAGGAGCUCUCCCAACACGACCAGGUUAACCUCCUCAAGGCGGGAACAUUCGAGGUUCUGAUGGUCCACUUCGUGCCGUUGUUCGACGUGACGGAGCGCACAGUGACCUUCCUCAGCGGGACGAAGUACAGUGUGGAUCUGUUGCGCUCGAUGGGCGCCGGAGAGCUGCUCAGCUGCAUGUUUGAGUUCAGCGAGAAGCUCUCAGUCCUGCAGCUCAACGAGGAGGAGAUGAGCCUGUUCUCGGCGGUGGUGCUGGUGUCUGCAGACCGAUCGGCCAUUGAGAAUGUAAGUGGCGUGGAGGCCCUUCAGGAGACCCUGAUCCGAGCCCUGAGGAACCUGAUCAUGAAGAACCACUCGAACGAGGCCGCCAUCUUCACCAAGCUCCUCCUGAAGCUUCCCGAACUGCGCUCGCUCAAUAACAUGCACUCCGAGGAGCUGCUAGCCUUCAAAAUACAACCUUAAACACACACACACACACAACAGUGCUUCCCUUUACUCUCCGUCUGACCAAUCUGGGCUGUACAUUUCUACUCUUGAAUGUAUUUAACAGGCUUUUUUACUCGAUCGUUUUGUGAAUAAAGAGCUGCAUUCAAAAACUUUCAGAUGAUUUGAAAGCUAUAUUAGAUAUUAUUGUGAUUUGCUCAUACGCACAAGCAAAGGUCGUCUACGUUUCACAUUUUUUGAGUAAAACACUAGACUCUUCCUUUGUAGCAUAUCGUCUUUUCAUUAUGUGCAAUCGCUGCUAACGCAUGGCUAUUCGUAUAAGAGCAGCUUUACGUCGUAUCUAGUUCAAAAGAGUAAGAUUGAUUAUGUGUUGUAGAUAUAUAUAUAUAUAAAUAUAAGAUGUGAUUUUAUUAUUAUUAUUAUUUUUGAAUGCAUGUCUGUGUCUAGCAGCAUGUUGGCAUCGUUUUACCCUGUAUAACAGGACAAUGCUUUUGCACGAGGUGUCGAGGAACAGAUAGGAUAUUAUGUCUCCCCUGACACCAUAAUAACGGUGCACGGGCGGAGAGGAGUCACUUUAAAAUAUGUUUUUAUAUAGACCACGUACAGAGAGGUGUUAUAAGUCUUCCAUUAUGCAGCGGGAAACAUGUAUAGUGGACGUGAACAAAAGUACGCUUCGUGCACAAGUGAAAGAGAUGGAUUUAUUUAUGGAUCUUUGUACAGAUUGCCUUAUCACUCUUUGCCACAUCUACGGACAUGGGUUUUGUUUUUCUUCUCUGUGAUGAUCGCAGAGCAGGGAAACCAUGUUAAAAUCCCAGUUAUUUUGGGAUGCACUGCUCCCGGUUUACUCUAUGCAUAUGGAAACAGCUUGACAAUAAUGGACAUUUCUCAGCCUAUAACCAAUAGGAAAUUACGUACUACUCCCGCGUUCAGCUCUGCUGUGUCCAUGUUUUUCAGUUCCUUAUAAAUAACAGUGCAGUAUGUAUAGUUGUGUAUAUCUAUUUGAAAUAUAUCAUUAUAAAGUAAAUAAAUAUUUACUUGUCA